AGCUCCACGUGGGACAGUCCCAUUCAGGGAGCACUCCUCCUCGACAUCGGACCAGAAACAAUCAGAGAAGAAUAUCUCCUGAGCCCAAGCCAGAGGCCCGUGAACAGAGAGACCUGAAGGAGACGCGUCUAACGCGGGCUGUACCACAGGUUAAAACUAAACAAACACAGCAGGGCCCCGUCAGACUGCUAGAUGCAUCCCCAGCCCCGCAGGCCGGAGCACGAACCAAGUACACAAGAAAGACCUCCGCUGCCCGGGACGCAAAGCACCAAGAACCACCCACCGCUCCUCCCCGCUCCGCCUGCACAGAAUAUGUUAUGGUCACUCCCAAGCAAAUAGGUGUUAAAAUCCAGAGAUCCUGCAGGCCAAAACGUAGGAAACGUUCCACGGGACCUUCAACACAAGGGAUUAGCGUUAAGCAAAUCAGUGACCAGGAUCCAUGUGCAUUGGGACUUUACUGCGCUAAAUGUGGAAGAGAACUUCUCCCUGCCAUAGAAGGUCUGAUUCAAAGGGAAGUGUGUGAAUUAAAACCACUGGCUCUUCUGAGUGAAUUCCCAGUUUGGCGUAAUGGAACGAGAUGCCAGUGCCAACGUGCACCGUCUCAGCCCUCGUGGUCACCCAGCUCCACGUUGUUGGUCGUCAAGAGUGAGGCCCAGUUGCAGACGCUGAAGAGCGCUCUGCAGCCCUACUGUGCUGACAGCUUCACCGCAUAUAAUGCCAUCUGGAACCCGGAGCAGUGCUGUGUUGUUCGGUAUCUGCGGUGCAGAGGCUGCACGUGGCCAGACACCCCUUCAGUUGAGACCCCUGAGGCGUGCAUCGCUGCUGAGGUCUGCUACCCGGUUCACCCAGCGCAAGAUCAGAUAUGGUUGUCCCCAGGAGCCGUUUCGUACUGCUCCCGCAUCCACAUUGACAGCAGAGACAAAGAGCAGAGAGGAUCAGGAGCCUCCGUUGACCUGCACCCAUAAACAUGGUACAAUCAAAGGGUGUAUGCAUCACAAUUACUCUAUAGAAGGGCUGCUGGACGCCAAUAGCUUACGCCUUAUUGGCCAGUUUUCCAAUGUGUGUUGUUAGCUCAUUGUUAAGAAAAUUGGUUUUAAAAUAAAUCGU